AUGCUCCGCAAUUAUGGUAAAAUAGACAAAAAUGCCCUUUUUGAUGAUGUGCUGAAUUCUGAUUGGGAGCUAGUGUUUGGAGCGGAAGACGUGAAUGAAAUGGUUCAAGCUUUUAACUCUAUUAUUUUGACCAUCUUUGACAAGCAUGCUCCUCUUCAAGUUGUCCGAGUCAAACAUUUCCCCGCCCCUUGGCUCACGCCAGAUAUCAAAGAGGUUAUGGAGAGGCGCAACAGAGCACGUAUCAGAUUGCGGAAGAAUCCAACCAAGAUCAAUAUAUUAUUAUCAAGUUUGACCACAUCGCUCCCUUGGGACGUUUCAGCAGAUUCAUCAAGAGUAGUUAAUGGCUUUGAAGUAGACAUCAAAGACGUCCCCUAUCAUGCAGCAUUACGACGAUUAGUAGGGACUUCAGGAUGGUCAUAUACGUGCGGUGCUUCUAUCAUUACUGUUAGAUCAGCUUUGACGGCUGCUCAUUGUGUGGUAAGUUACGUUGCUAAACCAUCAACAGUGAGAGUGGUUGUAGGAACCAACCAUCGUCUGACAGGUGGCACGAGUUACGGUGUAUCGAGAGUGAAUAUCCAUGAAUCUUACAAUGCAAUUUCUUUAGAAAACGAUAUUGCUCUUCUUGUAACUCUUAAGGACAUCAGUUUUGGGAAAACUGUCAGUCCUAUUCCUUAUGCUCCAAAAAGUCUAAAUCUACCAUCUGAUAUUGAGGCAUUGGUGUCAGGAUUUGGUCGUACUUUGGAAAAUGGAGAAAUGCCACUAACUCUGCUUGCAGCUCACGUCAAAAUAGUUUCCCAGAGCUCGUGUUCUCGAGCUUACGAGGAAAUUUCAAGAAUUGUUUCUGGUAUGAUAUGCGCAAGGGCGACAAAUCCGUCAAGGGACGCCUGUCAGGGAGAUUCGGGUGGACCUCUUGUGGCUAACGGGUAUUUAAUUGGUAUUGUCUCUUGGGGAGAAGGAUGUGCCAACGCAGUUUAUCCAGGUGUAUAUACCAGGGUAUCAGUGUACGAAGAUUGGAUCAGUGACAACAUAGAGAAGAUAUACUCCGUAUCAAAGAAGAUGUAAUAGACAAGAUGCUUUUUAUUUUGAGUGUUUCAAGCAUCAAGCUUGAUGUGUUCUUGACUGUACAUGUACGUUAAGUAUUAUAAUAAUAUUAGAAUACGUAGUAUGAUCUUGAAACUCUGUUUUGAAUAUUCAUAUAACUAUGGGAAUGUGUUAUGGCCUUGAAUUUUUUAUACCAAUACGACUGUCGUUUUUAACUUAUGACUUUAUUACA